ACCCCUCCACUCCGAUCUCAUCCCCGUCCACCGCCGAGAUCUCCGGGAUGGCAGGCCGGCACGGCCCUCUAAUGCCCCGCGGCGGCGGCACCGUCGGCGGGAAGCCCCUCUCCCGCGGCUCCCGCAUCGCUAUCGCCGUGGCUAUCGGCGUCUCGUUGGGCUGCGUCUGCGCCUUCCUCUACCCCGAAGGCCUCUUCGUGCGCCCUUCCACCACCGCCCUCCAGUGGCCGCGUCAUGUUGGCUCAGUUGCUUGUGAAUCAUCAGACAAAGUUACCAGCCUCAAGUCACAUUUGGUGUCACUGGAGAGAAAAAAUGCUGAACUGAAAAGUCAGAUUAAUGAACUGUCCAUGAAACUUCAGUUGGCUGGACAAGGAAAAAAUGAGUCUCUCUAUAAGGCUGGUCCUUUUGGAACUGUCAAGGCUUUGAGAACGAAUCCAACAGUAAUACCUGAUGAAUCUGUUAAUCCCAGGCUGGCCAAGAUACUGGAAGAAGUUGCAGUAAAGAAGGAGCUCGUUGUUGCAUUAGCAAACUCCAACGUAAGGGAGAUGCUUGAAGUUUGGUUUACCAACAUCAAGCGAGUUGGCAUUCCAAAUUAUCUUGUUGUAGCAUUGGAUGACAAUAUAGAGAGCUUCUGCAAAUCAAAUGGUGUCCCAGUUUACCGCCGGGAUCCUGAUGAAGGCGUCGACAGCAUUGCAAAAACUGGUGGAAACCAUGCAGUUUCUGGACUGAAGUUUCGUGUUUUAAGAGAGUUCUUGCAGCUUGGAUAUAGUAUUCUCCUCUCUGAUAUUGAUAUUAUUUUCUUGAGGAAUCCCUUUGAUCACCUUUACAGAGAUUCUGAUGUUGAGUCAAUGAGUGAUGGUCACACCAAUAUGACAGCUUAUGGUUUCAAUGAUGUGUUUGAUGAGCCCUCUAUGGGUUGGGCUAGAUAUGCGCACACAAUGCGGAUUUGGGUUUACAACUCUGGAUUUUUCUACAUAAGACCAACGAUUCCAGCAAUUGAACUUUUGGAUCGAGUAGCUGGACGCUUGUCUCGGGAGAAAGCAUGGGACCAAGCAGUUUUUAACGAGGAACUCUUCAUUCCGUCUCACCCAGGCUAUGAAGGUCUUCAUGCGUCCAGAAGAACUAUGGAUAUGUAUCUGUUUAUGAACAGCAAAGUUCUCUUCAAGACUGUAAGGAAAGAUGCUCAGCUCAGCAAGUUAAAGCCAGUAAUUGUGCAUUCAAACUACCAUCCUGACAAGCUAGAUCGGAUGAAAGCUAUCAUCGAGUUCUACGUCAAUGGGAAACAAAAUGCACUGCAACAUUUCCCCGAUGGGUCAGAAUGAAAGCUAGCAUCGAAUUCUACGUCAACGGAAAUGAAAUGCCCUGCAACAUGUCCCUGAUGGGUCAGAAUGAUAAAUCUAUACCUUCUGGCACAUCAAAUCUACACCUAGUUGUGAGCUUGUGGGGGUUCUCUGGGCACUUUUUGCUAACGGGCAAGUUGAUCCGAUGAGAUAAUACUGGCAUAUAUGGAUCCAUUGAGUGUGAGCUGUUUUGACUUAUGCGUAAUCUCUAACCUGAACACUCAUGUACUGAACGUGUAACCUAGCAGCUUUGAUGGCAUGUUGUGUUGAUACUGAUUUGGAUAGUUGGGUGGUGUUUAUCUAUCGGUUUGCCUCUUUUCCUUUUGUUGUUGUUGGGGAUAAAACUCAUUAAAAUCUUGAAUAUAUUUAGUUUCGGAUUA